UGCUCUGAAAGUCUUUCUCAAGCUUCAGAGAUCCAAUUUUAGCACAUUUUCGCGGCACCCACCUGCAAACACUUGUUACAGAUUGUCGGCGAACUUAGGCCUGCUUCCGCGACGCGGCGCCACGGUCCUGUGUCGUGUACAAUUGCUAUGGGACCGGCACCACGAAAACGCUUCCCAGGGUUCUCGCGUAACGCCGAGAUAUGCGCGCAUGGCGAACGGGUGGCGACACGGGAGGAGUAGAGAAGGCCCUUCCUUCUUGCGUCGUGUAGGGCUUUUGUUUUUGCGCCCUGCUUGCGAUGCCGCUACUCGCGCAAGCAUGGAAACCGGGUCUGCCCGUGACGGACUGCACGGUUUCGCGAUGAUCCCGGUUACACAGAACGCGUGAGCACGUCCCGUUGACCGCAAGGAUGUUCCUGCAACUGCGCCUGCUAGGCCUCUGGACCAUUCUGGCGUGGACGACCGCCGCCAGAAGGCAAGACGCGCCCAAGAUCCAGCCAUUCCAGUUGCCCGCCCGCGUGAAAGCUGGCGACAAAGUGAUCGCAACGUGCAAUCUUGCGUCGGGAACACCGCCUGUCACGUUUUCGUGGCACAAGGACGGCAGUGACGUCACAAGCUUUUCUAAGGACAUCAGCUACGGCAGCAACAUUGUGUCCGUCCUGGCUAUUUCGUCGGUGUCGCUGGACUCGCAGGGUAACUACACUUGCACGGCAUCGAACACCUAUGGCAGCGACUCGCACACAGUCCAGCUCAAGGUCGACAUGCCACCAGUCUGGAUUGUCGAACCCACUGAUGCGUUCGGAACGGUCGGGGGCAUGUUGAACCUAACAUGCGCGGCAUCUGGAUCGCCGGAGCCGACAAUCACAUGGAAGAAAUUGUCCGGUGAGUAA